CAUGUACAUGCAUUUCUCUCUCUCCUUGCUGUCUCGCGUCCUGUAUACAUACAUGCAAGCGACGCUUUGGAGCUCUUGCAGCUGAGUUGUAGCAGCGAUCGUCGUGCGCGGCGGUGCGACAUGACCGGCGGCGGCAGCGGCGCCGGCGCGUGCGCGGUGUGCAAGCACCAGCGGCGCAAGUGCGAGCCCAACUGCGAGCUGGCCGCCUACUUCCCGGCGAACAGGAUGAACGACUUCCGCGCGCUGCACCUCGUCUUCGGGGUGGCCAACCUCACCAAGCUCAUCAAGGCCAACGCGACGGAGGCGGCGCGCCGCCGCGCCGCCGAGACGCUCACGUGGGAGGCGCGUUGGCGGGAGCGCGACCCCUCCGAGGGGUGCUACCGCGAGGUCUCCUGCCUCCGCCGCGACAACGCCGUGCUCCGCGCCGAGAACGCCGCGCUCCGCCGCCAGGCCGAGCAGUGCGCCUGCUGCUGCGGUGGCGGCGCCGGCGCCGUCGCCGUCGCCAGGCACACCUCGUCGGCGGCGCUGCAGCACCACCACCAGCACCAGCUGCUGCUGGUCUCGGCGUACAACGGCAACGGCACCACCACCGCCAGGCCUGGCAGCGUGCCGCACAACGCCAGCAACGGCCGCGCCGUCGUGCCCGCCGGCUUCGCCGGCGUCCGCGGUGCCAACGGCAAUGGAGCGAUGUCCGUACGGCCGCCGCCUCUCGUGCAAGCUCCCCCGGCGACGCAGACCGUGACCGGCUUCGUCGCGCAGGACGAGCGCUACCGCGUCGUGUCUAUCUGCCCGGCGUCGAACGGAGGGAGCGGCGGCGGCGGCGGCGGUGGCGCCGCAGUGCCGAGGUCCGGCGCAGCUGUCAGAGGGCAGGGUGACUCUAGGGACAAGAGCGACGCGAGGUGAUAUGCCGACAGCAAAUGGCCUUUGGGUAAAGGCUCUGGUACGUUCAUCAGCAUCAGAGAUGAAUUUCAUGGUAUAAAAGUAGAUUUAAUUAAGUCAAGUCGCGACUUAGCAUGCUGAAAAAGUACAAAUUGAGUUCUAGGAAGCAGACUAGAAAGGCUCAAGCAAUAAUAUGCAUCAACAUAUCCCUUCGAUGUAUGGGGUUCUCAGACUAAUAAUGCUAUAUAUAUAUAUA